AUGGAGGUCAAUUAUGGCACGUACCAAGAGGAUAAGAUCGAGGAAGUUUCCAGUACGUGUAAGAUGCCCAAGGCACAACUUGUAGCCAUCAGCCCUGAUGGGAAAUUCUUCGCGGUACUAGAUACCAGGAAAUUGGAAUUCCAUCUUGGAGAGAUAAGGGACAUAAAGAAUUAUGAAAGUACCAACCUAUAUCUCGCGGACAAAAGAGACAUGACCAGGAGGAAUUUAAAGUCUUCGCCGAUGGGAAAAUUAUGCGAAAUUUUACAUUGGAACGUCGAGGCAACGAAUCCAAGAGAUGACGAUGUGACUAGCGGUCGCACAGUCAUCUGUCGUGUGGAAUGUGGGAGUGGACCUGGAAAUGAUAAUUCACAUUUCGCGAUUCCCGUGUCGGAUCCAAUGGAGAUUAGAGGAAAGGAUUGUUAUUGUUUUAGUAUUGGUGGAAUCGUUACUAUUGUUCACGAGAGUGAUUAUCCUCCUUAUACAAAUAUCAAUAUCUCGAUUAUCAACACCAAUGGAAUAAAUAAAAUAAGUUUGAGAGAAUCGAAUACCGGAAUAAACAGACCAUUUGUCAGUCAUGUUAACUUUCCGGAAGCUUUAGAAGCCGAAACACCUGAAUCAUGCAUGACCAGGUUACACGCAUGUAUCUACCAUCGCUACUUCCUGCUGACACAAAUCAACAGUGGAGCUCGAAUGAUUGGAUUGUACGAUUUAUCCACCCUCGAGCCAAUACAAUACUUUGGUAUACUAGAACGAAACAUGAGGGAGCCCCCAAAUCAACCGAACGUCCAUUAUGCAAUAUCUAGUAAUAGGCAAUUGUUUGCAUUCUCGUAUGGUACCGGAGAAAUUAGAAUAUAUUGGAUGGAGAAUGGCUUGGAAGUUGGGUACCUAUUGUUGGGGGGAGAGAACGAACAAAAAAUCCGGUUACUUGAAUUUGUUGAAAACGACGAAAAGUUAUUUAUCAUGGUUGAAGAAUAUAUUAUAAAAGAUCACGGAAAAGCUUUAAGGAAACAAGACAUCAAGGUUUGGAAUUUUUUUUCAAAUAACAAUGUCAUUCGAUCUUUCCAGGGAAACGAAAUCAAAGGGAUGAAGGUCACCAGCCAAAUGCGGAGGCCCGGAAAAAUCUUUGCGAUAGACUGUGACGAAGGAGAUGAGAGAGGAGAGGACGAAGACGAAGAUGAGGAUCUUGAUCCAAGUGCUCAUGGGCAUGACGGUGAUGAUGAAGGUGACGAAGGUGAUUAUAAGGAAGAAGAUGAUGCCGACGAAAAGGAGGAAAUUGUUUAUGAAGAAAAAGGAGGGAAGAUCUAUUCCGUAUUUGAUUUAAAGGUUAUAGCUGAGUUUAUCAAGGGUAAAAGGUUAUCGCCGAAUUAUCUAGACAAUCUCAUUGAAGAGGAGAAAUACAAUUUCGUUGAUGGCGAAAAGGAAGGGGGAAAGCACGGAAGGACAAGAGGUCACUUUAUCAUUCAAAAACGAGGGUCCGAAUAUAUUAAACUUGCCGUUGACAAUAGCGAGCAGUUUAAACACGUUGUUAAAGAUAGGGAGCCAUGGGGACAAGAUAAAAAUUAUUUACAGACAUCGUGCUUUAUCGAUGCCAAAGAAAACCUGCAACUUUUCAUUGGUCGAAGUACGGUACAAGUGUGGAGGCGUAGUCUCGGAAAAAAAAAGCCAACGCUAGAGUAUAUUUGGACGAGUGACGUUGAUCCCGAAGAGGAGGUCGAUAGAUCAUUGAAUAUUCGAAAGUUAAAAGUGGGCGACAAAAGUUUCUUCUUGGAGGUUUAUUGGAAAAAGGCAAGUGCAGUGGAGAAAACAAAGGUCAUCCGAUGGCCCUGCAAGAACAGACACGUUAAGGCCGUAAAGCACGCAUGCAAGGCCUUGGGUCAUCUUUAUUCUCGAAAGAAGAGGAUCAAGGGAUUGAAGAGAUAUCAAAAAUUCGAAAGAUUGAUCGAAAGCAUCACUUUUAUAAUCUGGAGAUUCAUCGAAGAAUAUCCCGAAGUUUGGAGAAUGAUGGAUAUUCGAUAUAAUGUUAUGGAUUGGCUUGUUCGUGGAAGGUCGUUAUUUUUGAUCAAGUAUAUUUUAUUUAGAAAUAAAGUAGAUUUUGGAAAGGGAGAAUCAAACAUAAGACGAAACUUGCAUAUACCGAGACUAACCAAAUGGAAAAAGAGUGGAGAUUCGAGGAAUUUCCAUCAUUUCGAUAUUAGCUGCCCAAGCAAUGCUCUCGAGUGGGCCAUUCAAUGUUAUGACGGAAUCUCUUUGAAGGAAAUCAUAAUAAUCGGAUAUCUUUUAGAAUAUUACACCAACCGUGCAAAAUACCAUGUGGGAUGGAUGAUCACAGUAUCAAGAUGUGUUCCCAUGUUGUAUGAUAAAAGAUUGGACUACUAUGCGGAGACCUUAUUUUAUAAGGAUUGUUUUGCGGGUCAAGAAAUUAAUGUGAACUCUAAAACCUGGGGACUCCUGAGUCAAGAAUAUUUAAUAGAAUGUGGUAAAUCAAAAAGCGUAAAAGCUUUGCGGCCUUAUUAUCUACGGCAUCAUUAUACCGAAUCUUCGAUCAUGAUCAGAUUUUUGAUACAUCUGGUAAAUCUAUGGAGAUGGGUUACCAAGAGCUUUAUCGAUAUGUUUAGAAAUUUUUUCCAAGACUGGACUCAAGAUAAAGUGGCAUCCGAUAUUUCGUUACGAUUAGUACCUUUGCCAAAAUUCAUACAGGAAUAUGAUGGUGAUCAGUCGGAAGAUAACAAGACAAUCACUUGGAAAAAAACAUUGGGGCGAAUUCUGAGAUCAAUAAUCAUUCCUCAAGGUUACGGAAAAUCUAGUGAGUGCAUGAGUCCGUUGAUCAAGACUCUGAAGCAUGUCAGUCAGGAUACCACCAUUCUUGAUAACCCGGCCAUGGAAGCCGUGAUCAAUUACAAAUGGCAAGAUGCAAGAAACUACUUUCAAAGCUUAUUUUUUAUAUUCAUGGUAUACGCAGUUUGCUUUGGUAUCGUCUCCUGGGCGUACAUCACUCACGUCUCGGCCGAGGGUGUCUACAGGAAUCUGAUUGUCUUCAUCAUUGCGUUAUUUUACUACUUGGCCUAUUAUUUAUUUGCAGUUGAAGUGCAACAAUUUUUAUUACACGGGAUCGGAAAAUACUUCAACAUCUUUAAUUUUUUCGAUUUGAUUUCCCUGGUGGCGCCAGUCGUGGUGAUGUCAAUUAUGGUUGCUACUUCUUUUCAGUUUGAAGAUGCCUUCGGAAGUGUCACUUCAAAAAGAGAUCUCGUGAUAGCAAUAUCAUUCUCGGUUCUAAUCCUUUGGGCGGAAUUUGUUCUUUAUUUGCGUUCUUACUCGGCCAUUGCGAUUUACAUCUAUAUGGUUUUUAGCAUUCUAAAAGAGGUGUGGCCGUUUCUGGCGUUCCUGAUCCUUGUGGUCAUUGGAUUUGCACAUGCAAUGUACAUACUGCUAGCCCGGCCAACUUUUCUAAAUCUUAUUCCGAACACCAGUUCCUUUACGAUCACGAACACUACCACGAACGCCACAAUUGAUGCCAAAAUCACAUCCGAUUUUGAUCCAAAUUUAUACGUCGAUAAUCCAUUUUCGUAUUUUCUAACAUCCAUGGAGGCUACAUACCUAUGGCUGGGUGGCAAUUGGUCCCAAGAGGGUACCUGGGUAUUUUGGGCGGUUCAGGCAUUAUCGUUACUGGGCAGUAUCUUAUUGGUCACGGUGUUGCAGAAUCUGCUUAUCGCAUUGAUGGGUGGCGUGUAUUCCACGGCGUCUGAAAAAAGUCACUCUGCUCUUCUUCGAUUUCGUGCUGAUCUAAUAUUGGAUUAUGAAAUAUUAGACAAAAUCUAUAUUUUUCCUCCAGAAAAGGAUCCUGAUGUAAUUUGGUUUUCCGGCUCAUCAAAGAAUAUCAAUGAUUGGUUGGGAAGUAGAAAAUUCAAGAGUGAAUGCUUGUACAAAAAGUAUGAGGACGAGUACAUUUGUGAUGAAUAUGAGUUUAGUCUUGAUAGAAAGAAUGCUAAGCAGGAUUCGGAUGGAUCUUUUUGGGUGUUUCCAGGUGAAGGGAAAAGGAUUGAAGAUAGAAUGGAAAUAAUGGAGCACGCAACGGAAGGGGUGGAAGAAAGUGAAGUAGCACAGCUGAAGAAAAGCAUGGAUGAGAAAAUCAAAGAUUUACAAAACAACUUUAAUCAACUAUUACAAUUAUUGCAAAAGGAAUGA